AUGAAUGACGUCCAGGAUGCUACCUCCCCAGGGGCCGCUCUAGGUGGCCCUGUCACCUGCGUCUCCAAAGUGGAGCUGCGCGUCGCCUGCAAGGCCCUGCUGGACCGAGACACACUGAACAAGUCUGACCCAUGUGUCAUACUCAUGGUGCAGAACCAAGGACAGUGGACAGAGCUUGACAGGACAGAGGUGAUCAAGAGCAACCUGCACCCGGUCUUUGCCAAGGUCUUCACCCUGGACUACUACUUUGAGGAAGUGCAGAAGCUGCGGUUCGAGGUCUACGACAUCCAUGGCACCCACAGUAUUGGCACCCGCGAUGACGACUUCCUGGGUGGAGUGGAGUGUACGCUCGGCCAGAUUGUAGCCCAGAAGAAGAUGGUGAAGCCUUUAUUCCUAAAGUAUGCGAAGUACGCCGGGAAAUCCACCAUCACGGUACAUGCUGAAGAAAUUUCUGGCAACAAUGGAUAUGUUGAACUGUUCUUCUGUGCUAAGAAACUGGAUGAUAAGGAUCUCUUCAGUAAGUCAGACCCCUUUUUGGAAAUAUAUCGAAUCAACGAUGAUGGGACGGAACAGCUCGUUCACAGAACUGAGGUAAUCAAAAACAACCUGAACCCCGUGUGGGAGCCCUUUAAAGUGUCUCUCAUCUCUCUGUGUAGCUGUGAUGAGGACAGGAAGCUCAAGUGCCUAGUCUGGGAUUCCGACUCCAGAGGAAAACACGACUUCAUCGGAGAGUUUUAUGCCACCUUCCGAGAAAUGCAGAAAAUUGGCGGUGGAAGCAAGGUCACAUGGGAUUGCAUGAAUCCAAAGUACAAACUGAAGAAAAAGAACUACAAAAACUCUGGGGUGGUCAUCCUCAGUGAUCUCAAGCUUCACAGAGUGUAUUCCUUCCUCGACUACAUCAUGGGAGGAUGCCAAAUUCACUUUACAGUGGCCAUAGACUUCACAGCCUCCAACGGAGACCCACGGAACAGCUGCUCCCUACACUACAUCAACCCGUACCAGCCCAACGAGUAUCUGAAGGCUUUGAUAGCAGUGGGGGAGAUCUGUCAGGACUAUGACAGUGACAAAAGAUUUUCCGCCUUGGGAUUUGGUGCCAGAAUUCCACCCAAUUAUGAGGUGUCCCAUGACUUUGCCAUCAAUUUCAACCCAGAGGACGAUGAAUGUGAAGAGAUUCAGGGGGUGGUGGAGGCCUACCAGAACUGCCUGCCUAAGAUCCAGCUGUAUGGCCCCACCAACGUCUCUCCCAUCAUCAGCAGGAUAGCCAAGCUGUCAGCAGGAGAGGAGACCAUCAAAGAUGCCUCACGUUACCACAUCCUGCUGAUCCUCACGGACGGCGUGGUGACAGACAUGGCAGACACACGCGAGGCCAUCGUGCGUGCCUCCUACCAGCCCCUGUCCAUCAUCAUCGUUGGCGUGGGCAAUGCAGACUUCACAGACAUGCAGAUCCUGGACGGGGAUGACGGGGUGCUGCGCUCACCCAAAGGAGAGCCCGUCCUCAGAGACAUUGUGCAGUUUGUGCCAUUCAGAGACUUCAAAACGGCCUCGCCUGCUGCCUUGGCCAAAUGUGUCCUUGCGGAGGUGCCCAACCAGGUGGUGGAGUACUACAGUCACAAGGCCAUCUGCCCCAUGCCGCCCGUCCCAUCAUGUGACUCUCCCACCUCCCUUGCCAACACCCCUACAGAAUCAUUGCCAGCAGUGGGGACCACGGCCUGA